UAGCCUACCUGCUGCCUCCUGUUUCCAGUCGCCUGCCUCGGCUCCUCUGGCUAGUUACUGAAGAUGGCGGCGUACAGACGUGUACAUUCUCUGCUGCUGUCGCUGUCCCUGUGUUUAUAUGUGUGUGUAGUUCAGUCAGGGAAAACCCCGAAUGGCGGUGGGAAUGGGAAUGCGGAGACCGCCGGUAGCCCCCAGAACCAGGGCUCUCUCCCUGCUGGUGCUGCCGCGGUGGCGAAUGCAGUUCCCGGGGCUGUGGCAGCAGCCGCUCAGCAGCAGCAGCAGCCACCACCGCGACGCACCACCGGUUGGAAACUGUCAGAAGAGGAGGCCUGUCGGGAGGAUCUCUUACGGCUUUGUCCGAAUAAGCACUCCUGGUCUAACAACCUAGCCGUGCUGGAAUGCCUGCAGGACCACAAAGAGGACCAAGAGUUGGCUCCAGACUGCAAUCAUCUCCUGUGGAACUAUAAGCUGAACUUAACGACGGACCCCAAGUUUGAAUCGGUGGCACUGGAGGUCUGCAAGAGCACCAUUGUGGAGUUAAAGGAAUGUGCCCAGGAGGAGAAGGGUAAAGGCUUCCUGGUGUCCUGCCUGGUGGAUCACCGUGGUAACAUCUCUGAGCUGCACUGCAGCCAGUACGUUUCCAAGAUGGCCUCCAUCAUCUUCAGCGAUUACAGACUGAUAUGUGGAUUCAUGGACAAGUGUAGGGACGACAUCAACACGCUACACUGUGGCAGCAUUAACACCGGCGAGAAGGACGUGCACUCCCAGGGCGAGGUGAUCUCGUGCCUCGAGAAGGGUCUAGUUUCCGAGGCGGAGGAGGGUGGUGCGCGCGGAGGGAUCCGUGACGAGUGUAAGAAGGCCAUCAUGCGCGUGGCGGAGCUCUCCUCAGAUGACUUCCACCUGGACCGACACCUCUACUUUGCCUGCCGAGACGACCGAGAACGCUUCUGCGAAAACAUUGCAGCAGGGGAGGGUCGUGUCUACAAGUGUCUCUUCAACCACAAGUUUGAGGAGAGCAUGUCAGAGAAGUGCAGGGACUCGUUGGCAACGCGUCAGAAGCUGAUCGUGCAGGACUACAAGGUGAGCUAUUCGCUGGCUAAGGCGUGUCGUGCGGAUCUGCGUAAGAAUCGCUGUAACCAAGACACCAACAUGCCCCGCGCCAGAGAAGCCAAACUCUCUUACCUGCUACUCUGCCUGGAGUCAGUGCUGCACAGAGGGCGUGCGGUGAGUGGAGAUUGCCAGGGUGAAAUGCUUGACUAUCGUCGCAUGUUACUGGAAGACUAUUCGCUAAGCCCAGAGAUCGUUCUUCACUGUCGAGGGGAGAUUGACUCUCACUGCGGAUUCCACCAGAAGGGACGAACGCUACACUGCCUCAUGAGGGUACUGAGGCAAGACAAGAACCCUGUGGACAGCCUGUGUCAGAAAGCACUCCAGAGCCUGGUGCAGGAGGCUGAUCCCGGAUCAGACUAUCGCAUUGACCGCGCGCUCAAUGAGGCCUGUGAAUCAGUCAUUCAGACAGCCUGCAAACACAUACGCAACGGAGACCCUAUGGUGUUGUCUUGUCUGAUGGAGCAUCUCUAUACAGAGAAGAUGGUGGAGGACUGUGAACUCCGACUACUGGAACUGCAAUACUUCAUAUCCAGGGACUGGAAGCUGGACCCUCUGCUCUAUCGUAAGUGCCAGAAUGACGCAUCGCGAAUCUGCCACACGCACGGUUGGAAUGACACCAGCGAGAGCAUGCCACUGGGAGCCGUCUUCUCAUGUCUCUAUAGACACGCAUACAGGACUGAAGAGCAAGGGAGACGGCUGUCUCGCGACUGCCGUACGGAAGUUCAGCGGAUUCUCCACCAGAGGGCGCUAGACGUGAAACUGGAGCCUGAGCUGCAGAGGAGGUGCAUGCCUGACCUGGGGAAGUGGUGUUCAGACAGGACUGAAGCAGGACAGGAGUUGGUGUGUCUACAGGAUCAUCUAGAUGACGUGGGGCCCGACUGCAAGGAGGUGGUGGGGAACCUCACAGAACUGGAGUCAGAGGAUAUCCAGAUCGAUGCGCUGCUGAUCCGUGCCUGUGAGCCCGUCAUCCAGUCACACUGCCACGACGUGGCUGAUAAUCAGAUUGAUUCAGGAGACCUGAUGGAGUGUUUGGUGUUGAAUAAACACCAGAAGGAGAUGAACGACAAGUGCAGCGUUGGAGUCACACACUUCCAACUGAUCCAGAUGAAGGAUUUCCGCUUCUCCUACAAGUUCAAGAUGGCCUGCAAAGAGGACGUGCUCAAGCUCUGCCCAAACAUCAAGAAGAAGGUUGAUGUUGUCAUCUGUUUGAGUACUACAGUGCGUAAUGAUACUCUUCAGGAGGCCAAGGAGCAGAGAGUGUCAGUCAAGUGCCGACGGCAGCUCAAGGUUGAGGAGCUGGAGAUGUCGGAAGAUAUCCGUCUGGAGCCCGACCUCUUUGAUAACUGCAAGAACGACAUCAGGAGGUGGUGCCAGAACGUUCCCUAUGGUAACGCACAGGUUAUCGAGUGUUUGAAGGAGAAUAAGCGUCAGCUGGGCCAGAGGUGUCACCAGCGCGUCUUCAAGCUGCAGGAGACUGAGAUGAUGGACCCAGAACUGGACUUCCAACUCAUGAGGAUAUGCAAACAGAUGAUCCGGCGGUUCUGUGCGGAGGCGGAUGCCAAGAGUAUGCUUCAGUGUCUGAUUCAGAAUAAGAACGGCGAGCUCAUGGACCCCAAAUGCAAACAGAUGAUCACCAAGCGGCAAAUCACCCAGAACACAGAUUUUCGCCUGAAUCCCGUGCUUCGCAAGGCGUGUAAGGCCGACAUCCCCAAGUUCUGCCAGAGCGUCCUCAAUAAGGCCAGAGACGACAACGAGCUCGAGGGACAAGUUAUAUCCUGCCUGAAGCUGAAAUACGCAGACCAGCGUCUGUCGACUGACUGUGAGGAUCAGAUCAGAGUGAUUCUGCAGGAGUCAGCACUGGACUACAGGCUAGACCCCCAGCUACAACUACAGUGCACUGAAGAGAUAACGCUGCUGUGUGCGGAGGAGGUGGCGGCUCAGGAACAAACAGGUCAAGUGGAGGAGUGUCUGAAGGCCAACCUACUGAAGAUCAAACACGAAGGAUGCAAAAAGGAGGUGUUGAACAUCCUUAAGGAGAGUAAGGCGGACAUCUUUGUGGAUCCUGUUUUGCAUACAGCCUGCGCUCUGGACAUCAAACACCAGUGUGCAUCCAUACCCCCUGGCAAGGGCCGACAAAUGUCUUGUCUGAUGGAGGCUCUGCAGGAUAAAAGAGUUCGUCUGCAGCCAGAAUGCAAGAAGAGACUCCAGGAUCGCAUAGAUAUGUGGAGCUAUGCAGCCAAGGCGGCCCCUGCGGAGGGUUUUUCGGAGUUGGCGGGCGAGGUGCUGUCCUCUCCUGCUAAGACGUACCUGCUCUCCAUGCUGGGCCUCAGCGUGUCUCUGCUGUUCCUACUGGGCCUGUUGUGUGGACGCAUCACCAAGAGAGUCACGCAGCAGCUUAAAGACAGGUAGAGGGAGGAUCGAUACGAAUACCCCCUCUACGCACGCACGCACGCACGCACGCACGCACAUGCACACACACACACACACACACACACGCACACAGCAGCUCCAGGCCAGAAAGCACCCUAAAAAAUCAUCUCAAUACCCCUCAGAGCACUGAUGCGUUGUAAUCACACACACACACACACACACACACACACACACACACACACACACACACACACACACACACACACACACACACACACACAGAGGUGAUGGAGGAGGAAGAAGAUGAGGAGUCCAGAGGGUGCUGCACCGUGAUGCUGCCAUGACAUGACUGGCCACCAGGGGUCUCUGCAACAUCCAUCGCACCAUCACACCAUUGCAGUGUGUUAAAACCAGUACAAGUCAAUGGGCUCUUUCCAUUAUCCUGAAUCCCAUCCUCAGGCCUCAGGCACAUACACACACACACACACACGCACGCACACACACACACACACACAC